AUGCGGGCCGCGCUCACCUGGCGCGAUCGGGCUGACCAGUGUAUUUACGAUCUUGCAUUCAAGCCGGAUGGGACUCAGCUGAUAAUUGCUGCUGGAAAUAGGCUGCUGGUGUAUGACACUUCUGAUGGAACCUUAAUUCAGCCUCUGAAGGGACAUAAGGACACUGUGUAUUGUGUGGCUUAUGCCAAAGAUGGCAAGCGUUUUGCUUCUGGCUCAGCUGACAAAAGUGUGAUCAUUUGGACUUCAAAGCUGGAAGGAAUUCUGAAAUACACGCACAAUGACUCCAUCCAGUGUGUAUCCUACAACCCCCUCACUCACCAGCUGGCCUCCUGCUCCUCCAGUGACUUCGGCCUGUGGUCUCCUGAGCAGAAGUCAGUGUCUAAGCACAAAGCCAGCAGUAAGAUCACUUGCUGCAGCUGGACCAACGACGGGCAGUACCUGGCGCUGGGCAUGCUGAGUGGCGUGGUCAGCAUCCGCAACAAGAGCGGUGAUGAGAAGGUCAGGAUCGAGCGCCCUGGGGGCACUGCAGCCCCCGUGUGGUCCAUCUGCUGGAACCCUGCCAGAGAUGCUCACAAUGACAUUUUGGCUGUGACAGACUGGGGGCAGAAGCUCUCCUUUUACCAUCUCAGUGGCAAACAGAUUGGGAAGGACAGAGCACUCGGCUUUGACCCUUGCUGUGUCAGCUACUUCAGCAAAGGAGAGUACCUGCUGCUGGGGGGCUCUGACAAGCAGGUCUCCCUCUUCACCAAGGACGGCGUGCGCCUGGGUGCCAUUGGCGAGCAGGGCAGCUGGGUCUGGGCCUGCAAAGUGAAGCCAGACUCCAACUAUGUGGCAGUGGGGUGCCAGGAUGGGACCCUGGCCUUCUACCAGCUUAUCUUCAGCACUGUUCAUGGGCUGUACAAGGAUCGCUAUGCCUACAGAGACAGCAUGACUGAUGUCAUUGUGCAGCACCUCAUCACUGAGCAAAAAGUUAGAAUAAAAGGCAGAGAGCUGGUGAAGAAAAUUGCCAUUUACAAGAACAGAUUGGCCAUCCAGAUGCCAGAGAAGAUCUUGGUCUAUGAGCUGUACUCCGAUGAUUCUUCAGACAUGUACUACCGAGUGAAGGAAAAGAUAGCCAAGAAGUUUGAGUGCAACCUGCUGGUGGUAUGCUCAGAUCACAUCAUCUUAUGCCAGGAGAAGAGGCUGCAGUGCCUCUCCUUCAGCGGCGUUAAGGAGCGAGAGUGGCUGAUGGAGUCCCUUAUCCGCUACAUCAAGGUCAUCGGAGGACCUCCAGGGAGAGAAGGGCUUCUGGUGGGGCUGAAGAAUGGCCAGAUCCUGAAGAUCUUUGUAGACAACGCCUUGGCCAUCGUGCUGCUGAAGCAAGCCACAGCUGUGCGCUGCCUGGACAUGAGUGCGUCCCGCAGCAAGCUGGCAGUGGUGGAUGAGAACGACACCUGCCUGGUCUAUGACAUCCACACCAAAGAGCUGCUCUUCCAGGAGCCCAAUGCCAACAGCGUGGCGUGGAACACGCAGUGUGAGGACAUGCUUUGCUUUUCUGGAGGGGGUUACCUCAAUAUCAAAGCCAGCAACUUCCCUGUCCAUCAGCAGAAGCUUCAAGGCUUUGUUGUGGGUUACAACGGCUCCAAGAUUUUCUGUCUUCAUGUUUUCUCCAUGUCAGCUGUUGAAGUCCCACAGUCUGCCCCCAUGUAUCAGUACCUGGAGCGGAAGAUGUUCCCAGAAGCUUACCAGAUUGCCUGUCUGGGAGUCACUGAUGCUGACUGGAGAGAGCUGGCCAUGGAAGCCUUGGAGGGGCUGGAGUUUGAGACUGCUAAAAAGGCAUUUACCAGGGUCCGAGACCUGCGCUAUUUAGAGCUGAUCAGCAGCAUAGAGGAGAGGAAGAAGCACGGAGAAGACAACAAUGAGCUGUUCCUAGCAGAGUUUUAUGCCUACCAGGGCAAGUUCCAGGAGGCAGCAAAACUGUACAAGAGGAGUGGGCAGGAGAGGUUGGCCCUGGAGAUGUACUCAGACCUGCGCAUGUUCGACUAUGCGAAGGAUUUUCUGGGGUCUGGAGACCCCAAAGGCACCAAGAUGCUGAUCAAAAAGCAAGCAGAGUGGGCCAAGAACAUCAAGGAGCCAAAGGCGGCGGUGGAGAUGUACCUGUCUGCGGGGGAGCACAUGAAGGCCAUCGAGAUCAGCGGGGACCACGGCUGGGUCGAUCUGCUGGUGGACAUCGCACGGCAGCUGGACAGGGCAGAGCGGGAGCCCCUGGUCAGGUGUGCUCUCUACUUGGAGCAGCUGGCUCAGCCUGGCUAUGCAGCAGAGACCUACCUGAAGGUCGGUGACCUGCAAGCUUUGGUCCGGCUGCAGGUGCGGAUGCAUCGCUGGGAAGAAGCAUUUGCUUUGAGUGAAAAGUAUCCAGAAUUCAAAGAUGAUGUCUAUGUGCCAUAUGCUCAGUGGCUAGCAGAGAAUGAUAGGUUUGAAGAAGCCCAAAAAGCCUUCCACAAGGCUGGCAGGCAGAGCGAGGCCGUGCGGGUGCUGGAGCAGCUGACGCACAACGCGGUGCUCGAGAGCCGCUUCAGCGACGCAGCCUACUACUACUGGGUGCUGUCCAUGCAGUGCCUAGAGAUAGCCCGAGAGAAUGAGGAGCAGAAGGCUGAAAUGUUGCAGAAGUUCCAUCACUUCCAGCACCUGGCAGAAGUUUACCAUGUCUACCACUCCAUACAGAGAUACACUGAGGAGCCUUUCAGUUUCCACUUGCCUGAAAACCUCUUCAAUAUUUCCAGGUUUCUGCUUCACAGCUUAACAAAGGAGACUCCUCUGGGGAUCUCAAAAGUCAAUACCUUGUUUGCCCUGGCAAAGCAGAGCAGAGCUCUGGGGGCAUACAAGCUGGCUCGCCAUGCCUAUGAGAAGCUGCAGGGGCUGCAGGUCCCAGCGCACUUCCAGCGGUCGGUCGAGCUGGGCAGCCUGACCAUCCGUGCCAAGCCCUUCCACGACAGCGAGGAGCUGGUGCCCUUGUGCUACAGGUGCUCCACCAACAACCCCCUACUGAACAACCUGGGGAACGUCUGCAUCAACUGCAGGCAGCCUUUCGUCUUCUCUGCCUGCUCCUACGAAGUGCUGCAUCUGGUGGAGUUCUAUUUGGAGGAGGGCAUCACAGAUGAAGAGGCUGUAGCUCUCAUUGACCUGGAAGCUCCAAGACUGAAUAAGAGAGAGAGUAAGUGGCAGGAGACCAUGAAUGACUAUGCACAGAGCUUGAGGCUCGAUGACAGUGCAGAUGUCUCUGAGGAGUCUGAUCCCUUUACAGCUAAACUGAGCUUUGAGCAGGGCGGCUCUGAGUUCGUGCCGGUGGUGGUGAGCCGUGCAGCGCUGCAGUCCAUGAGCCGCAGGGAUGUGCUGAUCAAGCGCUGGCCGCCGCCGCUGCGCUGGCAGUACUACCGCUCUCUGCUGCCCGACGCCUCCAUCACCAUGUGUCCCUCCUGCUUCCAGAUGUUUCACACAGAGGACUACGAGCUGCUGGUGCUGCAGCACAACUGCUGCCCCUUCUGCCGGCGGAGGACAGAUGAGUCCGGCCUGUGAGGGCACACAGCCUGAACCCUCAGCUGGCUGCCUUCCCCCUGUGGCUUGGAACCACUCUGCUGGGCUUCAGCCAGCUUCCUCACAGCUUCAUGAAGUCAUCUUAUGCUUGUUUGUACCCAGGAGUGGAACUGAGCUGCAGAAAUACAACUGUUUUUUAAAUGAGGUUGUCUGUUGUUGGUGAAUGUCCACCCAGGUGAGCAGCUGCAAUGCCACAGCUGCUUGCAGGAAUGUUUGUGGGGUCAAGGUCAGCCCUGGUUGUGCUCUAGCUUGUGUUUGAAACUUGAUUUACUCUGUAAUGGGCAGGUCUUCAA